GACGCGUUGCCAUGGAAUCAGUCAGUGCAGUCAGUGCCUGUGAUUGUUCCCAGCACUGAACAGUCAAACUUCAGAUCCAAUGUCCUUGGUAGCAGGUCUGUGCAGAACCUGCGGCUUUCCUACUGCCUUGAACAACUAGCACGCUUCUGUUUUCUCCUCAUGUAGCAGUGGUAAUCACGCAUCCUCCCUGUUAGGCCUCGUUGCAGUUGAUUGUCAGUUGCCCAUCUAUCCAACGACAAACCCGUACCGAACAGCAGGCAGUAAAUCGAGCAACCAGCCUCCCUGGCCGUUGGACACGAUGCGAUUCGGUAAGACUCUUCGCGAGUCCACAUACUUGCCAUGGCAGGAAUAUUACAUAGACUAUGCGAAAUUAAAAACGAUACUGAGGGAGGACAAGAAGCACGAUGACAGCGCGUGGACCGACGCCGACGAAACACGCUUCACCCAAGAACUGUUCAAUGUCCAGCUGAAAAAGGUGUCGGAUUUCCAGAAGGAGCGAUUUGACAACCUCAAGGAGCGGGCCGAAUCUGCAUUUGGCAAGCUGAAGGACCUAGCCCCUUCCGAUGACCAACCUAAGAGCGACAUUACGACGGCCCGGUUGAAGGAGUGCAAGGAAGAGCUCGAUGGCAUCACAAAGGAGGUCGAAGAGCUCAAGAGAUACAGCAGCGCCAAUUUCACUGGCUUCCUCAAAAUCACUAAGAAGCAUGACCGGAAGCGCGGACAGGACUAUAAACUGCGGCCCAUCGUCACAUUGCAGCUGACAAAACAUGGCCUGAACUCGGAGGAGGCCUACUCGCCGCUGCUGAAGAAGCUGUCCACCAUGUACUACAUCAUCAACUGCCACCUGGAGGGCGGAGAUCAGUCGCAGGCGCCCGAUCUGGAGCAUCAAGAAGAAGUACACGAUGGCGCCAGAUAUACUGCCCACAAGUUCUGGGUGCACCACGACAACCUCCUCGAGGUGAAGACGUCCAUUCUGCGACACUUGCCAGCUCUGGUGUACAGCGAGCAGUCUGCUAAGGAGCUCGAUGGUAACGACAGCCCGAGCAUCACCUCGCUGUACUUCGACAGCCCCAGGUUUGAGCUUUAUUCCACCAAGGUGGAGCGCCAGGUCGAUGCCUCGUCAUUGCGGCUACGAUGGUUCGGUCAACUUAGUGCUAAACCAGAAAUUCUGCUGGAACAGAAAAUUACGCACGAAAAUGGCACCAGCGAAGAAAAGCAGUUCACCAUCAAGGACAAGUAUGUUAAGGGCUUUGUGGAUAGCGAGUACAAGAUGGAGAAGAGCAUCCUCAAGAUGGAGCGACAAGGCUACAAGCCGGAUCAAAUCGAUGCCUUCAAGAGCACCGUUGACGCAAUCCAAGAGUUCGUCGUCAGGAACAAGCUCGAGCCCGUCGUGAGGGCAAACUAUACCCGCACUGCCUUCCAGAAACCUGCCGAUGACCGCGUCAGGAUUUCCAUCGACUCCAACAUUGCCUUCAUCCGUGAAGACACGCUGGAUCUGGACCGGCCUUGCCGAGAUCCCCAAUCAUGGCACAGAACCGACGUUGACAACAGCAACAUGACGUUUCCUUUCGAAAACAUCAAUAAGAGCGAGGUUUCAAAGUUCCCCCACUCAUUGCUGGAGAUCAAGUUGAAGGAGGAUGGUAGCCGCAAAAGGCCUGCGUGGAUCGAGGAUCUCAUGGGGUCCCAUCUCGUGCAUUCCGCGCCUCGCUUUUCCAAGUUUGUGCAUGGAGUGGCCUCUCUGUUCGAGGACUACGUCAACAACCUGCCCUUCUGGCUGAACGACCUGGAGGAAGAAAACACUAUACUCAAGGAUCCCCACACGGCUUUUGAGGAGGAGAACCAGAGAAAAGCUCAGCAAGCAGAGAAUGAACAGGUGGUUGGAAGCUUUCUCGGCAAGGCGACGGGAUCCUUCAAGCCGGCAGCCAGUUUACCUUUGGGCAGGUCUUACUUAUCCGAGCGUGCCACCGCCGAGGCCUCUCCGGGUAACGCCAACGGCCGCGGAGCCGAGGGAGACGGCGAGGAGAAUGGCGGCGCUAACGGCACCGACGGCCUGAGCAGCCCCAAAUACGGGACCCUGUCGUCCGUCCUCCCCAGCUUCUCCAUGGCAACCUACUCCCGCUUCAAGCGCGGUGGCGGACACCCGCAGCUCCCCGACGGCGUGGUCGAGCCCAAGAUCUGGAUCAAGAACAUGGGCCCUUUGCAGAUCGAGCCCAAGGUGUGGCUGGCCAAUGAGCGCACGUUCUUAAAAUGGCAGCACAUCUGUGUCUUGCUGGGCAGUCUGGCCGUCAGCCUGUACACGGCCGCGGGGGAGAACUUCGUCGCCGAGUGCAUGGGGGUCACCUAUGUCGUGAUUGCCAUGCUCGCCGGGUCGUGGGGGUAUUUUAUGCUCAGGAAGCGACGUAACAUGAUUUUGGAGCGCAGUGGCAAGGAUUUUAAUAAUGUCGCGGGCCCGCUGGUUCUCAGUGUUGCGCUGAUGGUGGCGCUUGUCUUGAAUUUGAUCUUUGCGUAUCGAGCGGCUUUUGAGAGGUGGGAUGCGGAUGCGAAUGCGGAUGCGGCGGUUGCAGGUGGGAAUGGAACUGAGCAGGUAUUGGUUGGUGAGCUGUAAUGGGAGGGACUUAUGUGAGAGAAAAAAACGCAGUCGGGUCGGGAAAAUUUUGUAUAGUUUCAGUAUGCGUUGGAGCAGUUGCACAUGGAUAGGUGCAAUUUGGCCCCGAGCUUUAUAGGAGGGGAACGGGUUGGCUUUAUAGUAUGAGUACUUCAACUUGCGUGUACCUAGACUGAGCCUGAAGUAGGAGGAGUGUUAUCCUACUGAGAUGUACAAAUAGACUGACCGACUUAUUCACAUGUUG